GGUGUAGUCUGAGAGUUGUGAAGUAAAGUUAAUCUGAGCAAAACGUAGUAAAAUAUUAGGUAGUCGUUAGUUGUAGUUAGGUUUAUGUAAAUGGUGAAAAUUAUUACUGCUUAAUAAGCAUUAAAGCUUACAAUGGCAUUAACAAUGACGAAAUUGUUGAAGUUUAUAAGAUGUAGUUUGAAUAAUGUAAGCGUCAGUAACCAAAAGAUAAGCUGUCGUUUUGUGCAAAGCUCUGUUGGAGUAAAGGAAAAUUUGUCCAAUUUUGAUCCCGUGCAAGUGAGGCUUUUGGAUGAAAUGUGCAUUGCUGUUGAUGAAAAUGAUAAUGUUAUUGGACCACGUACCAAAAAAGAUUGUCAUUUAAUGACUAAUAUAAAUAAAGGUUUACUGCACAGAGCUUUUAGUGUUUUUCUUUUCAACAUGAAAGGUGAACUUCUAUUGCAACAAAGAUCUGAUGCCAAAAUUACCUUCCCAGGCUACUACACAAAUACCUGCUGCAGUCAUCCAUUGUAUAUUGCAUCUGAAUUGGAGGAAAUUAAGGCUCUUGGAGUUAAAAGAGCUGCUCAGAGAAGAUUAGGCAUCGAAUUAGGAAUUGAUCCAGCCAGUGUCGCACCUGAAGAUUUCUUGUAUAUGACUAGAAUUAUGUACACAGCACCAUCUGAUGACCAGUGGGGAGAGAGAGAAAUAGAUUACAUCCUCGUUCUUAAAAAAGAUAUUGAACUUAAUCCUAACCCAAAUGAAGUGAAGGAAUGUGUAUAUGUAGCCCGAAAUGAUCUCCAAGGUUUCCUAGAUGGAAUGAAGAACAAAGGCUACAAAAUUACUCCUUGGUUUCAACUCAUUGCAAAGUCUUUCCUGCCUAAUUAUUGGGAUAACUUGGACAAAUUAAAACCUCUGCGUGAUCAUAAAACCAUUCAUCGUCUUUAGUUCUAAAGAUGUUAAAGCUUGCACCUGUACUGUCUGUUUUAACCACCUAUACAUGAAGUUCUUUCCUUGUAUCAUUUAAGUAAAUUGUGGUAUAUGUGUGUUCUAGUGCCUUUUGUUGCUCAAAUCCUUUGUAUAUCUACUUUUUAUGAAUACAUAUGUACAGCUAAGCUAUGUAUAUUCAAUUAUUAGUAAUGAAGGUUUCUGGUAUGUCUUGUAUAUUUUUUGAAUGUUUACUAUUGUAUGUUUUAUCAUUAUGUGUUGAAGAAUUAAAAUAAAUGCUUGUAUAGUUUGAAAUAAAUAAGACUUGUUGUUAUGGAA